AUGUACGUUUUGAAAAGAGACGGGCGCAAAGAGCCAGUCAGAUUCGACAAGAUCACCGCCAGAGUGUCUCGGCUGUGCUACGGCCUCGACCCGGAGCACGUCGAGCCCGUUGCCAUCACCCAGAGAGUCAUCUCUGGUGUGUACCAUGGCGUGACCACCAUCGAGCUGGACAACCUCGCCGCCGAAACCGCCGCUUACAUGACCACGAUCCAUCCCGACUACGCCACCCUGGCCGCCAGAAUUGCCAUUUCCAACCUGCACAAGCAAACCACCAAGCAGUUUUCGCAGGUCGUCGACCAGCUGUACCACUAUAUCAACCCCAAGAACGGCAAGCCCUCGCCGAUGAUCUCGGACGAGACCUACCGGAUUGUCCAGGAGCACGCCGACGAGCUCAACUCGGCCAUCGUGUACGACAGAGACUUCUCGUACAACUAUUUUGGCUUCAAGACGCUGGAGCGGUCGUAUCUCCUCAAGAUCGACGGGAAAGUCGCCGAGAGACCCCAGCACAUGGCCAUGCGUGUGGCCAUCGGGAUCCACGGAGACGACAUUCCGAGCGUCAUCGAGACGUACAACCUGAUGUCGCAGAAGUUCUUCACCCACGCGUCGCCAACUCUGUUCAACGCCGGCACUCCUCAUCCGCAGAUGUCCUCGUGUUUCCUGGUCGCGAUGAAAGACGACUCCAUUGAAGGCAUCUACGACACCCUCAAGACCUGCGCCCUGAUUUCCAAGGCGGCCGGAGGCAUUGGUCUGCACAUCCACAACAUCAGGUCCACCGGGUCGUACAUCGCUGGAACCAACGGCACGUCCAACGGUAUAAUUCCGAUGGUGAGGGUGUUCAACAACACCGCCAGAUACGUCGACCAGGGAGGCAACAAGAGGCCUGGCGCGUUUGCUCUGUACGUUGAGCCGUGGCACUCGGACAUCUUCGACUUUAUCGAUAUCCGGAAGAACCACGGCAAGGAGGAGAUCAGGGCAAGAGACCUGUUCCCGGCGCUGUGGAUUCCAGACCUGUUCAUGGAGAGAGUCGAGCAGAACGCCGACUGGACGCUGUUCUCGCCUUCUGAGGCUCCAAGACUCGCCGACGUGUACGGCGACGAGUUCAAGGAGCUGUACACCAGGUACGAGAAGGAGGGCCGUGGCCGCCAGACUGUCAAGGCGCAGAAGCUGUGGUACGCUAUUCUGGAGGCCCAGACGGAGACAGGCACGCCGUUCAUGCUGUACAAGGACGCCUGCAACACCAAGACCAACCAGAAAAACCUGGGUGUCAUCAAGUCGUCCAACUUGUGCUGCGAAAUCGUCGAGUACUCGUCGCCAGAGGAGGUUGCCGUGUGCAACUUGGCGUCGAUCGCCCUGCCGGCGUUCGUCGAGUCCGACGACAACACCUGCUGGUACAACUUCGAGAAGCUGCACCAGAUCACCAAGGUUGUCACCAAGAACCUCAACAAGAUCAUCGACAGAAACUUCUAUCCUGUUCCGGAGGCAAGAAGAUCCAACAUGCGCAACAGACCGAUUGCCGUGGGUGUCCAGGGUCUGGCCGACGUGUUCAUGCAGCUGAGACUGCCGUUUAACUCUCCAGAGGCCAGGGAGCUGAACAUCCAGAUUUUCGAGACCAUCUACCACGGAGCCUUGGAGGCCUCUGCGGAGCUCGCCGUCAAGGACGGCAAGUACGAGACCUUUGACGGAUCGCCAGCCUCGCAGGGCGUUCUGCAGUUCGACCUCUGGGGCAAGAAGCCGACCGACCUGUGGGACUGGGACUCGCUCAAGGCCCGUAUCCAGAAAGACGGACUCAGAAACUCGCUCCUGGUGGCUCCGAUGCCUACCGCGUCGACGUCGCAGAUCCUGGGGUACAACGAGUGUUUCGAGCCGUACACGUCCAACAUCUACUCCAGAAGAGUGCUUGCUGGUGAGUUCCAGAUCGUCAAUCCGUACCUGCUGAGAGACCUUGUCAAUCUCGGGCUGUGGAACGACUCGAUGAAGAACUUCAUCAUCCAGGACAACGGCUCUGUCCAGAACCUGCCAAACGUGCCGCAGGAGUUGAAGGACCUGUACCGUACCGUGUGGGAGAUUCCGCAGAAGAGCAUCAUCGACAUGGCGGCCGACAGAGGCGCGUACAUCGACCAGUCGCAGUCGAUGAACAUCCACCUCAAGAACCCAACCAUGGGCAAGCUGACGUCGAUGCACUUCUACGGCUGGAAGAAGGGGCUCAAGACCGGCAUGUACUAUCUCAGAACGCAGGCUGCUGCUGCUGCGAUCCAGUUCACUGUUGACCAGAAGUCUGCCGCGACCGCUUCGUCCACCGUCGCCACGCUCGACAAGCUGAAGCUCAAGAAGUACGUUCCGAGAAAGACCUCUUCGAGCGAGGACGCGUCGUUCUCGUCCGCCGACUCGACCGCCGUCGAGACGCCUUCGCCGCAGACCGCUCCCACCAGCGUCGAGGGCUCGAUGGCCGAGCUGAGCAUCAAGGAGGAGCCCAAAGAGCCUGCAGAGACCGGAAACAAGGGCUCCUCGGACGAGUACGACAUCUUCAACGCCAAGGUCGUCGCGUGUGCCAUCAACAACCCAGAGGCCUGCGAGAUGUGUUCUGGCUGA